AAUAUAAGAAGAAGAAGAAGAAGAAGCAGGCUGACAACUGAAGCUGCUACAUUUUCCUCGACUUGUCAUUGACCGGCUAAGCCAGUUUGUCUUUUAGCGCCGAAAAGAAGACUUUAAAGUGAACAUGGCUGCCCGGAAAAGACGCAACCGUGAAAAUGAUACGUUGCCAGACAGAACCAGCAGCAGUAGCAGCAAGCGGCUCUGUCCCAGUGGGAAAAGACACGUAGCUGCUCUCAUUCUAGCCAGAGGGGGAAGCAAAGGAAUUCCUCUGAAGAACAUCAAGCUUCUAGCUGGGGUUCCUCUCAUCGGCUGGGUGCUGAGAGCGGCUAUCGACUCCGAGGAGUUCGACAGUGUUUGGGUUUCAACAGACCACGAUGAGAUUGAAAAAGUGGCGAAAUCCUGGGGGGCCAAAGUCCACCGGAGGAGCCAGGAAGUCUCCAGGGACUGCUCCACGUCCCUGGAGACAAUACAGGAGUUUCUCAAGAAAAACCCAGAAGUGACGGUGCUCUGUAACAUCCAGGCUACGUCUCCUUGUCUCCAUCCAUCCCACCUAAAGGAGGCUUUAAAGAAGAUCACUGAGGAAGGAUACGACUCCAUCUUCUCUGUGGUACGGAGGUACCAGUUCCGCUGGAAGGAGGUCAAGAAAGGAAGUGCAGAAUGCACUCAGCCAGAGAACCUGGACCCUGCCAAUCGCCCGCGGCGCCAGGACUGGGACGGAGAGCUGUAUGAGAACGGCUCCUUUUACUUCGCCACCAGAGAACUGGUCAUGGAUCAGGGACGCUUGCAGGGCGGCAGGGUGGCCUACUUUGAGAUGGAGCCGCAGCACAGUGUGGACAUCGACGUGGACAUCGACUGGCCCGUGGCGGAGCAGAGGGUUCUCCGAUUCGGUUACUUCGGUCGCGGGGUUUCCCUGAUGUUCUGUAAGGUCUCAGGAUGUCUGACUGAUGGGCGGGUCUUCCUGUCCGUGUCUGGAGAGGACACAGUCUCUGUCCACAGCACGGACACAGCGGGUAUCAGGAUGCUGCAGAAAGACGACGUGGAGGUGGUCCUGCUGGUCUCCAGGGAGGACCAUGUGAUCCAGCUGAUGGUCGACAAACUGAAGAAGAUGACGGGGUGUAAAGUCAUGGUGGUUGGAGAGGAGCCUCUAAACGACAUAAAGCCGCUAGUGGAGAAGAGGAAGCUUGACUGGAAGGACGUGGCCUAUAUGGGUAACGACGCAGCAGAUGCCAGCUGUCUGAAUCUAGCAGGCCUGAGCGCGGCGCCAGCAGACGCUCCGCCCGGCGCUGCUCGAGCUGCCAAAUACACCUGCAAGUACGCCGGAGGGGCGGGAGCCGUGAGGGACUUCGCCGAACACGUUCUUCUGCAGAAGGAAACGGCCAAAGUUCAGAUGAAGCAGGACCGGAUCGACCGCCACAACUUUUGAUGUGGGAUCAGUUAUAUCAUUCAGCGAUACCUCAGUGGCACCAUGCUGCCAAUAGAUAGGACCUUCAGGCUGUUUGAGUAGAAGAUAUAGAAAAGAGGAGAACAGAUCAGAACCAGACUCCCUCCACUGGUUACCAAUGUACUGUCAAUGCAGUACUUCAUGCAUUAUAUAGUAUCAGUCAGAGGUCUACAUAAACUCCCCUUGGACAUGAAUGUCAGAUUAAUUUCUGGUCAUUUGUUUCUAGGAAAAAGACACAGAAUUAAUUCACUUUCUUUUGUUUUUUCCUCCUUUAGGUCUAAAUAGUUGACACUGGCUCAUAAAUAUUAAAAGAAGCUUUAAUAACUGCUUCAAUGCUGUUGCUGGCAGAACUAGCUUAGCUCAGUUACAUCAGCCUGUAAGGCUGUUUUUUCUAGAAACUGAGCGUCUGUUGUAACUGGGUGCAGGUCUCCUCCAUCUUGCUUCUGAAGUGGAAUAGCUUCAUCAUCCACCAGCUUUAGUGAAAGAAAAACAGUCCCUUAGUAUGAUGCUGCCACCACCAUACUUUAAAGUUGGAGCACUGUUCCAUUGGUUUGAGAGCCUCGUUUAUAAUCACAGCUCAACAUUUCCACCUGGAUUGGAAGUGAGGAUUGUGAAGUCUGUGUUGAUAGUAAUCUGAUUUCACCAGGGUUCCACUAGUUUCUACCGAGGGAUUAGUUUGAGCUAGAUUUUUUUGGUCCUCCACAACUUGGACUAACAUCAGUUCACCACUGGUUGUUCUUAGAUAUUGAUAAACUAGCUCACUAUGUGCUACCACUUAGUGCAAACAUUCAGUGUGUUCUAUUUCCAUUGUUCUAAAGCAUGAUUGUUUCAAAGCUUGAAUUGCGUUACCCUGUAAAUUAAGGUAACCUCUCAGAGUGGAUCAUUGAAAUCAAUCAGAUCUUGUUUUAAAAUCAGUUUGAUUUAUUUUCAUUAUAAAACUGAAGUGAGAAAAAAUGGUUAAAUCUGAUAUGGAGUGGAGGAAAAAAAUCAAGGAUUAGAUUUUUAAAACCAUGUCGUCCAGCCCUAGUUUGUUUCUGGGUGGAUCCUAAGCUCCUGCUGAACAUCUUCACCGGUUCUUAUAAUAGAGCAGCUCCCUGGAUGAAAUCGGGGAUGACAGCAUGAUGCUCUAGGCCAGUUUCCUAACAGUGGGACGGUAUUUUCUACCAAGGAGCAUAGAAAUGAUGACCUCAAUUGGUCUUCAAAUGUAGCUUCUAAUGGUUUGAGCUUUAACCAGCAGAACGACAAUCCCAUUAGAACUGGUUUUAAAGCAGGCUAACAUUAAGCUUUCUGAAUGCCUGACCUCAACAAAUUCAAUAUUUGUGGACUACACCCAGAAGCCAGGUCUGUGCAAGCAGACCAUUCUGUGAACAUGAGCUCCACCCGUUCUGCCUUCUUUGUAUAGGGUAUGCAGAUUUCUGUUGUGGUUGCACGCUGUGUUAUCAGUCUAGUGUGGAAAGAGAAGGCAUCAGCCCGAUGGAGGUAACCUUCUGACUGGAGCUCACUGCUGGGAGGUAGUUUUUUUAUUUUUAUCCGGAUCAUAAAGAGAUUAAUUAACAGUUUAAUCUGCAUCCUCCCGCCUUUACUGCAGAUUGGUGACACUAAAAGCGGAAAUGACUGCAUGCCUAUUCUGAUGACUCUACUUAUGAACGUGUACGUUUUCUUGUUUAUACAAUGAACUAUACAAGGGGCCAAAUUUGGAUAUAGUCUUUUGUGGGAAAAAAAAACACAAAAUGGAACUUCUCUGUUUUUUAUCUGAGAUUAAUGAGGUCAUAUCCACUUUAUCAAAGAGGUGUGCUACGGUCUGAGAUGGUCAGCAGCUCCAAAUGGCUAAGCCAGCUGAUACUAUCUGUGUUCAUUUGGCAGAUCUGUCCUAGUUUAGACCAUCUUAAUACUUGCCUUGAAUCUGCAGCCUAAUUUAUUGCACACAUGCAGGGUCUAACAUCUCUCUUGCAGAUAUUUCUAUACAUAAUUAUUAAAA